AUGUUUCAAAGGACGCCGGAGCAAACUCCAUUAUUUCCCAGAUUCGCCAUGAACCCAAACCUUCAAUUGUUUCUUAAUCGAGAGGCUCUCUACCAUCGCGUUCCCAAUCAAAUCGACGAAUAUUACGACGAACAAUUCAUUCGAAAAUCUGAUUAUUAUGGGAAUGGGCUAUUUUCAACAGUAUUUAUCCGUUCGAGAAGUCGAAAUAUGGUUAUUUUGAUGGUUUUCCUGUUUUUGGUGUUUCUAUUUAUCAUUAAUUCGUACGAUGGGUCAACCAUCGUUGAAGACAAGACUCCACUACCUACAAUGCAACCGGAGACAGCCUUAUAUGAAUACCCUUCAAUAGGCGUCAGCGAAUCUGUAAUGGAACAAUGCCUUGGUGAAUAUUUGAGCUCAGUUGAUACCGGCGAACCUUAUCCAGACGACGCUAACAAAGUCAAAGUGCAUCACAUUAGAGUAAUUGGAGCAUUAGGCGACUCAUUAACAAUAGGAGCUUUAGCACAGAAUAUGAUCAACCAGACGGGUAGGCAAUUCUCUGGGAACUCAUUCAUCACCGGUGCCGAGCAUUCUAUAUCCUCUCAUCUAACGAUUUACAAUAUUCUGAAAUACAUAGCCGACCGUGUUGGUUAUAAAAUAACUGGCGGUAGUCAAGGUAUCGGAUAUGGAAGGCAUACUGGCUUCAAUGUUGCAAUCGAAGGCGCUAGAAGCUUUCAGCUUCCUGAUCAGGCAGAUGAACUUAUAAAACGAAUGAAGGAAAACAAAGAUGUGGAUAUUACCAGGGACUGGAAGUUAAUUUCCCUUUGGAUUGGGACCAACGAUCCGGGAAAAUUGAAUCAUGGGACUGCAGCGCCUGUCAAUGGAUCAUACUAUAAAUCUCAGAUUGAGAUUGCGCUUCAAAAACUUAAAGAAAAUCUGCCGAGAACUAUUGUUUCAAUAAUUGGCAUGUUUCCAGCAGAAUUAUUGCAAGAGGCAAGAUCUAUCAUAGAGACGGGAAAACGACCACGACAAUUUGAAGACGAACAAGCUUUGGAUUCAUUAAUAGAAGAAUACAGGAAGGCUUUGAUCGAAAUCCAGAACGAUCCGAUAUUUAACACAAAAGAAUUUGCAGUAGUAGUUCAACCGUUUGCAACCAAAUAUAACACACCAUUCAAAAAUAGCUCUGGAGCUUAUGACCCAAUAUUUUAUGCUACCGAUAUAUUCCAUUUAAGCAAAUAUGGUCAUGCGGUUAUUGCCAAAAAUUUGUGGCAGAAUUUAUUCGAACCGGUCGGGAAGAAGACGGAAAAUGCUGAUUUAGGAGACACACGAGCUCAAAUUUUUAAACUAACGAAGGAGAAUUGCCUUAUUCGAACAAUUGGAAACAGUUAA